AGAGAGAGAGAGAGAGAGAGAGAAAGCCGUUGUAUAUAAUUAAUGACACCGGAAGGAAAGAGAAAGAUACCGAAUACUAAAAAAUACUUAGUGAUAGAGAAUAUCAUGAAUCAACGAACGACCCUUUCGGAACAAACAACAACUUGAUGCGCCUCAGGAAAACUUUAGAACGCAUUUAUUGUGCAGGAAUGUGUUCAGGCGUCACAAGGACCCCUGCAGGAGCUGGCCGAUACCAUUGAAUCCGACCAUGAACAGUCCUUCGUUCUAGAAGUGAGAGUAUGUAAAGUAGUAACAGUAGUAUGUAGUAGCUACGUAUUAGAUAAAAAAAAUAUCAUAGAAGUAGAAAAAAAGGGGACAACCAGAAGAGGAGAAGCAAAACAAGCACAAGAAUAAGAACAGGCAGAAGAGGGUGUCGUGAAGAAAAGGAAGCAGAAGAAACACAAGAAUAAGAACAGGCAGAGAGACGGUGUCGUGAAGAAAAGGAAGCAGAAGAAUCACAAGAAUAAGAACAGGCAGAAAGAGGGUGUAGUGAAGGCUUGGCCCGUCUUGUAGGUUUCAGCGUGCCAAGCCGAAGCAAGAUAUGGGUCAAUGCUGCUGCCGUCGCUCGUCCUCUCACCCAGUGCAUUUUCCAGGUGAGUUAUACCAGGGGAACAUAACUUGUGAUGACCCAGAUGUCACAGUAGCCCAUUGUUCCGUGGUAAUAGGUAAUGGUGAGGAAGAAUGGAAGGCAAUAGACAAAGUGGUGGCGCUUUUCGACUACACAGUGGCCGGCGACAACCAGCUGAGCUUCAAGAAAAAAGACACAAUGGAGCUGCUCGACAAAAAUGACCAGGACUGGUGGUUGGUCAGACAUCCCGGAAAGACACAAAUCGGCUACAUCCCCUCGACCUUCGUGGCUCUCGCCGCUACCCUCGAGGCUUAUGAGUGGUACCACGGGGACAUUACCCGUGUGGAGGCUGAACAGAUCCUCCUGAGUGACAUCAACACAGUCGGAGCAUUCCUUGUUCGCAAAUCUUCCCGAACCUGCGGUUAUGUCAUCAGUAUCAAGUGUUACGCUCCAAACAACUCAUUUCGCAUCAAGCAUCAUGCCAUCACUGAAACAGAGGAUGGAUCCUUUAAGAUGCAGAACCUUGUAUUCCCAUCACUCUUUGACCUGGUGGAAAAUUCCUUCAUGGUCAUUGGGGACUCAUCACUUUCUUCAGAUGUGGUGAAGCACCCGUGUGUCAGACCAUCACCCACCGUGUAUGAUAUAUCUCCUGAUGUAAGAGACCAAUGGGAGAUUAAAGCGGAAGAACUAGAUUUUGAGAAGAAACUGGGAAGCGGCUCCUUUGGUGAAGUGUGGCUCGGUAAGAUGAACAGCGUACUAGUGGCCAUUAAGAUGAUGAGAGAAGGCAAAAUGAAUCCCGAGGACUUCCUAGCCGAGGCCAAGGUGAUGAAGGAGCUGCGUCACCCCAACAUCCUCACCCUGUAUGCUGUGUGCUCGCGGGAGGAACCGCUGCUCAUCAUCACCGAGUUCAUGUCUGAAGGUUCACUGCUCGAUGUACUAAGGAAUCAGCCGCUCGUCCUGCAGCAGCAGCUAUAUGCCAGUGCACAGGCUGCAGCUGGCAUGGAAUACCUAGAGGGACAACAACUGAUCCACCGAGACAUAGCAGCCAGGAACAUCUUGGUGGGCCCAUGUCUUGUGUGCAAGGUGGCAGACUUUGGCCUGUCCAAGCUGCAUGAUGAGGCUGUCUAUGAGAAGACCCAGUCCAAAAGUCGGUUGCCCGUAAAAUGGACUGCACCAGAAUGUUUAAUGUACCAGAGGUACAGCAGCAAGUCAGAUGUUUGGUCAUUUGGUGUGAUGAUGAUUGAAAUUCUGACCCAUGGGGCUGUGCCCUACCCAGGAUACACCAACCAGCAGGUACUUGAGGCCAUCAAUUCAGGAUACCGAAUGCCCCAACCUGAGGGGUGUCCAUGCUCACUUUAUGAGCUUAUCUUAAAGUGCUGGAAAAUUGAUUCUGAGAGUCGGCCCACCUUCUCCUUCAUCCACGACUAUCUUCAAAAUUAUGAUGUACAGUGUGAAAAUUCCUAUUAUGAUGAAUCUGUCCAAUGACUGUGUAUGUGAGUGUGUUAGAGGUUAUCAUGGGCUAGCCUGCGCCCGCAAGUCCUUCUGGCGUGCGCAGUAUGGGGCAGGUGCAGGUGUACUAUGCAAAUGUUUUGUGCAGGUGCGGCGGCUGCGACUUUGACUGUCUACCUUUGAUUCAGUAUUAUUUACAGCUCUUCUAAUCAACAUUAUACACACAAUAUUAGUGACUGCCACAUGUCAGUUUCAUUUGCAUACCGUCGUUUUGAUCAUUUCAAUAAUUUUAUUUAAGACAUUG